UCUAGAUUUUCAGAUAGUUUAUUUAUUCCUCCGGGAACGGCUCCUGAUGCACUGGCACGGUCGAUAACUCCACCAAACCGACACUUUCCAUACUUUUGUACAUCAUUGUCGCCGGGUGUAUUAUUGGCUGAAAAGUAUAUUAACCUCAGUGGAUGUCCUUUAACUUAUCAGUGCAGACCAAGAUCAGCUGGCUUAUCCUUAGUGAUCAGAUGAUCAUGAUAUGCACAGUGUUCACUUUCAGGUUUAAUUGAAAAGACAUCAUUGGUUGUAAGUGUCGCCAUCUUAUGUCACAGAUUGCCUAUCAUUUACGUUGGAACUCCUUAAGAACGAGGAAGACACUUUGGUUUGGACUGUGAGGUCCCAGGUUUGGGCCACAAGAAACGAAUUACAAAAGUGCAUGCGACAUAGACAGCCAGCAAAUUCGAGACAAUAAACAUUAAACACAAUAUGCACGGGUUAAAAUAUGAGAUGACUGUUUAAUUAUUCGUCCAUAUAUAUGCAAAAUAUAAAACUUAUUUCAACGACUUGGAUAAAAAGGUAUAAAGUGGGUUCAGCAGAAAAAAUAAUGUUUCAGAGUUUUAAAAUGACAACAGAAGAGCAUGCAUCCAAUUGUAAAAGGCUGAUUUUAGUUAGGGGUACAAGACGAAAAUAUAUUUUGUUAGCUCUCCUUUUAUUUGUCCCAUUACUAGUGUAUUUAUAUGACCCUUACAUAAGUUUUCAUUUCUCAGGGAGAACGCAAGGACAACCAUGCAAACUUCAUGAAUUAGACCCAUGGGAUAAAACGCUGAGCCAAUACCUUAAAACCCCACCACCAAUUCAAUGUGCACCGACAAAAUUUUCAUUACUUUACGUUGAUGAGAAAGGAAUUUUGCAAUUAAAUAAAUCCGCCAUUUUGCAAUAUUCACUGACGUCAUUGAAAUGUGUGUACAUGCCUAUUCACCGUAUUGAUGGAGAUCAAGAAAUCAAACAAGACGACGAAAUCCCCUUUGUGCCUCCAAUCUUUAUCAACAACCGAGUAUUUCGUGUUUUAUGCCGUAAUACAGACUCUGAAACUGUGUACGACUUUAUUCAUUUCAAUGUAAUGACAAACGAUUCUAACACCCGGCUGAAGAACAUCGGGUAUGAGACGGAUGAUAAACUAAGUGUACUGUUUUUCGGAUUAGACUCCGCCUCCAGAUCACACGCGCUUAGAAAACUUCCGAAAUCAUACAAAUAUAUGAAGGAAACAUUAGGUGCUUUCGAUUUUCGUGGUUAUAUGAAAGUUGGACUGAAUUCCUUUCCAAAUGUUAUUCCAAUGUUAACGGGCGUGGAACACUAUAAAUAUAGGGUAGAAAAUAUCCUCAAAGCUUAUUUGGAUAAAAUGCCCUUCAUAUGGAAAGAACAAACAAAAGGAAACUAUGUGACAUUCUUUUCUGAAGAUCGCCCGGAUAUAUCUACAAUGAACUUUUUACAAUCUGGUUUCAAUAAGGCCCCUGUGGAUUAUUAUUUUAGGCCUUUUGGUUUGGCAAUGCACACUCAUAAACCAGUGAUUAUUGAACCUCUCGGAAAAUCAACUUGGUGGUGUUAUGGAAAUAAAAAUCAUUACUUGUUACAAUUAGAUUAUCUUAAAAGGUAUAUAGCGAAAUACACGAAACGAUUGAAAUUUUCUUUCCUCUGGAACAAUCAAGUAGGCCACGAGGAUUUCAUUUCCUUAGGUCGUGGUGACCAGCCUCUGUUGGAGUUACUUCAGUGGAUGAAAGCGAAUGGUCAUCUUGAAAGGUCAAUUGUUAUUGUGGGAAGUGACCAUGGGUUUAGGUUAGGUGGGGCAAGUACGACCUAUAUUGGCAGAAUUGAGAACAAUAUGCCUUUUCUUAUGGUCUACAUACCGGAAGUGUUGAAGUCAAAAUAUCCAUGGUUACAAAAGAACUUAGAGUACAAUACAGACAAACUUAUUUCUCCUUUUGAUAUCCAUCAAACCAUGGUGGAUGUUAUAGAGGGCAAAUUUUCUGAUCAAAAAUUAGAAACUGUUAACACCUGGAGAACCGGCCGAAGUUUACUUUCGAAAAUUCCAAAAGACCGCACAUGCGCAGACGCGGGAAUACCUCCUCAGUAUUGUACAUGUUUUGAUUCUAAUACUGUCAGCGUUUCAAAUCCUUUAGUUGUGAGUUUAGCUAAAUUUGCAGUGCAGCAUUUGAAUUUUGUGCUAGAUAAACAUAAAGAUGUAUGCCGGGAAUUAACGCUGCUCAAUGUAACAGACGCUAAAGUAAUGUAUACGGCUGAAGGUGAUAGAGACAACGACCAUAUUGAAAGGGAACCAGGGUUCUUUAAACGGUUGCUAGGUAACACAGAAACUGAUUAUAGCGGUCGGUAUGUUUUGAUGUUGUAUACAAAACCAAACAAUGGCCUUAUAGAUGUGAUGAUAGAUUAUCAAAAGCGCGCCGCCGACGGCAUCCAUAACAAAAUGACGGUAAUAGGGGAACCAGUGAGGGCCAAUAAGUACGGGAACCAAUCACAUUGCCUAACUGAUACAACUUUGAGACAGUAUUGUUUAUGUAAUGACGUCACUAACUUAGACCUUUAAGUAACAUGGGUCGAAAUAUAACACAAACUCAGGACACUAGAAGAAAACGGUACAUUAUAUGUACUCCAAAACCACUUUUGAACUUUCCAAUAAAUGAUACUCCAUAUUUUGUGGAUUAGUGUGUUUUGGUGAUUUAUAAUCAUCGUUUGACAAAAAGCAGGUGAUAUUUAUUGUACAUUUUAUAUGUAUUUGUAAACACAGGUUGUAUCCGUUAUGCAGGGAACGGUUUUUAAGUUUGAAUCACAAGUGAAAAAGGUAAAUUAACUUGUUAUCUACCUCACUAUGUAAAGAUGGUGGCUAUGUAAAGGUGUCCGCUUAUGCCAGAAACUAUACACAGAAAAGAGACCUGGUCUUCAUUCGCCGUUUGUUUUGCGUUCAGGUCGCCAAAUAAAAACUCGAGGGUUUUAAGUCGCCACAAAACUGUUACAUUUAAAAUCAAACCAAGGAAAGUUCGGUUUUACUUGUAUGAGCAAAUUUUGUUAACUUAUGAUGUCACUAGGUGAUGUCAUACUAGUAUCAAAUGAAUUAUAAUGAUCUGAUAUUAUCAAAACCUACAUGUAUAUAUAGAAAUUGUUAACUUAUAUACACAAAAAAUGUACAUGUGCUUUUUAUGUUGUUUUUGUAUACAGAGCAUUUGGUGCCCUAAUUUAAUAAUUAUUUGAAGGUCUUUUUAAAAUUGUUUUUUGGUAUUUGAGCUUUAUUUAUGACAAGUGCAAUUUAAAAGUUUAUAUUUGAGUAUUCAAGCAAUGCCCUAUGUGUGCAUAUUAGUCUGCCGAUAACUUGUCUUUAUUUUAAUUUUACAUUUGUAUCUAUUAAUGUCUAUUUAGUAUUUGUUAUAUCUUAAUUUAUUUUUCCUGUUAUACCAGAAACAUAGAUUAUCUAUAUCUCUGGUUAUACAAUUUAAUUUCUUGCAUGUCAGACAGGAUUAUCAACUGUUUACUCCGGUACUAGUAAAACCUAUCUAGCUGUCGGGUAACUGUUUAGCGGAAACUCGACAGAGCCUCAGUAGCGCCGUAAACAGUUACCCUCGAGCUAGAUAUUCCGGUCUGUACCGGCAGCCGGUGAAAGAUCCUUACACUCUAUAGCAUUUAAUCUGCACAGCGUGUUUGCAAUAGUAGAACUAAUGUACCUCAAUAUUAUCUGUUCUAUACUCAUAUAUGUAGUGUUGUAAAUUUCCCAAAAAAUUAUGAAAAUGGCGUAGGUUAGUGACUUAUUUUCAAAUGGUAUUAUUUCAAUAGUUUACAAAAGUUUA